AACCUCCUCACAAAUUACAGCCUCAGCUGCAGCACAUCCAUUAGUCUGGAAGAAUGAAGAUUCCCAAGCGGCCCUGGUGCCUUUCCCAAUUCCCUUGCGACCCACCAAUCCUCUCAGCGCUUUCUCUGCAUGUAGGGAGUGUUCAGAGCUAAUCAGGUCAAUGAUCAUCUCACGGCUCAGGGGACAUGACAGGAGCCUAUCACAGCAGUUACAGGAUCUUCCAGACCUGAGCACGCUUGCUGAGAAUCUCGUGUUAAGAAACAUUGCUUUGGUGCCUCAUCUCUCACUCCCUACGAGCCUCUGAGGAUUUCAGCUGAUCUCUCUCUCUCUCUCUCUCCUCUAGACAGUGAGGAGUUCACUGAAAAAAAGGCAGAGCAGCAUGCGGCUACCCGGAGGGUGUUGAUUGAAACUUAGAUUCUCCCCGAUCACUGUUGAUUGGACUGAUGCUCCAGCAUUACCAGAGAAAAGAUUUCAAUUAAGGAAAAUUUGGGUGUGAAGGAGGUGUGCAGUUCAAAGAGGGUCCCUUUAGAUGGAAUUUAUUGCGGCAAAUACCUUGUCAUCAGAAGGAUUAAUGUCUGCAUUAGCAUUUCUGCAAUAAAAUCAGAAGCUAAGUGGUGAAGGCCACAGACACCUCAAACCUGGAUUCCUCUGCUCUGCAUUAAGUGCUGGAGUUUUUAUUGCUUGCGGUAGGGAAGCCAUUGCCAAUGCUUACAAGGAACUGCUUAUCCCUGCUUCUCUGGGUCCUGUUUGAUGGAGGUCUCCUAACGCCACUGCAUCCACAACCACAAGAGAUUUUAGAAGCACAGCCAAGAGAAAAUGUCCCAGUGCCAGGGAGAAGGUCAUCUGCCCAGCGAGUCAAACGAGGCUGGGUGUGGAAUCAAUUUUUUGUGCUGGAAGAGUACAUGGGCUCUGAACCUCAGUAUGUGGGAAAGCUUCAUUCUGACUUGGACAAGGGAGUCGGCACUGUUAAAUAUACCCUUUCAGGAGAUGGUGCUGGCACGGUUUUUACCAUUGAUGAGACCACAGGAGACAUUCAUGCCAUAAGGAGCCUAGAUAGAGAAGAAAAACCUUUCUACACACUCCGGGCCCAGGCUGUGGAUGUUGACACCAAGAAACCACUAGAGCCUGAAUCAGAAUUCAUCAUCAAAGUGCAGGACAUUAAUGAUAAUGAGCCAAAGUUUCUGGAUGGGCCUUAUGUUGCCAGUGUCCCAGAAAUGUCUCCAGUGGGAGCAUAUGUGCUUCAAGUAAAGGCGACAGAUGCUGAUGAUCCCACUUAUGGAAACAGUGCUAGAGUGGUUUACAGCGUUCUUCAGGGACAACCAUAUUUCUCCAUUGAUCCCAAGACAGGUGUAAUAAGAACAGCUUUGCCAAAUAUGGACAGAGAAGUGAAAGAACAAUAUCAAGUUCUAAUCCAAGCCAAGGACAUGGGAGGACAGCUGGGAGGACUAGCUGGUACCACCACUGUAAACAUUACUCUCACGGAUGUCAACGACAACCCACCCAGAUUUCCUAAGAGUAUCUUCCAUUUAAAAGUACCUGAGACCUCUCACGUUGGUUCUACUAUUGGACGGAUCAGAGCUGUGGACCCUGAUUUUGGGAAAAAUGCAGAAAUUGAGUACAACAUAGUUCCAGGAGAUGGAGGAAACUUGUUUGACAUUACAACAGAUGAGUACACCCAGGAAGGAGUCAUUAAACUGAAAAAGCCAUUAGACUUCGAAACGAAAAAGGCAUACACCUUUAAGGUGGAGGCCUCCAAUCUCCAUCUUGACCAUCGAUUUCACUCAGUGGGCCCAUUCAAAGAUACUGCCACUGUGAAGAUAAAUGUGUUGGACAUGGAUGAACCUCCAGUGUUCAGCAAGCCCAUGUACACGAUGGAAGUCUAUGAGGACACACCUGUGGGGACCAUUAUAGGUGCAGUGACAGCACAAGACCUUGAUGCUGGCAGCAGCUCAGUUAGAUACUUCAUCGAUUGGAAGAAUGAUGUGGACAGCUACUUUACAAUAGAUGCUACUGAAGGAACCAUUGCUACUAAUGAAUUACUGGACAGAGAAAGCAUAGCACAAUACAAUUUCUCUAUAAUUGCAAGUAAAGUUAGUAAUCCACUAUUAACCAGCAAAGUCAAUGUUAUAAUAAAUGUUCUGGAUGUCAACGAGUUUCCUCCUGAAAUUUCAGUUCCAUAUGAGACAUCUGUAUGUGAGAAUGCCAAGCCAGGACAGGUGAUACAGACCAUCACUGCAGCAGACAAAGAUUUGUCACCAGCUGGGCAAAGGUUUUCCUUCAAACUGUCAUCUGAGGCUUCCAACAAACCAAAUUUCACAGUCCAUGACUACAGAAACAACACAGCUGGGAUUGAAACCAGGAGAAAUGGCUACAGCAGAAGGCAGCAAGAGCUGUACUUCCUUCCAGUAGUAAUAGAAGACAGCAGUUACCCUGUCCAGAGCAGCACAAGCACUUUGACUAUCCGUGUUUGCAGAUGUGAUUCUGAUGGCACCAUCCAGUCCUGCAAUGUGGAAGCAAUCUUCUUACCAGUUGGCCUCAGCACAGGAGCACUGAUUGCAAUCUUGUUGUGUAUUGUUAUACUUCUAGUCAUUGUGGUCCUGUAUGUAGCACUACGGAGGCAGAAGAAAAAGGACACCCUGAUGACCUCUAAAGAAGACAUCAGAGAUAAUGUUAUCCAUUAUGAUGAUGAAGGAGGUGGAGAAGAAGACACCCAGGCUUUUGACAUAGGUGCCCUGAGGAAUCCCAAAGUGAUUGAAGAUAACAAAAUACGCAGGGACAUAAAACCAGACACCUUGCGUUUUCCGCGCCACAGACCACCAGCGGAAGAUAACACAGACAUAAGAGAUUUCAUUAAUCACAGGCUGCAGGAAAAUGAUGUAGAUCCAUCUGCUCCCCCUUAUGACUCCUUGGCAACCUAUGCUUAUGAAGGAAACGGAUCUGUAGCAGAGUCUCUCAGCUCUAUAGACUCCCUCACUACAGAGGCAGAUCAGGAUUAUGACUAUCUGAGUGACUGGGGACCUCGCUUUAAGAUCUUGGCAGACAUGUUUGGAGAAGAAGAAAGUUAUAACCCUGACAAAGUCACUUAAGUACAACCACAACAGUGAAAUAAAAAGAAAAGCAAACCAACAAGAAAUUUAAAAGAUAAACCGAAGCUUUAUAUAGGACACAAUUACUUUGAUUAUAAAAGACAGCAAUUGUUUCCAGCAAGUUACAACAUUUCUCAUACCGUCAGUUUUGGUUUGAUUUGCGAAAGAAUGAUAAAUCCUGUAACAUACACAGGUUUUCGUUGUUGUUAUUUUGUUACUCUGGAAUUACACUGAGACAAGCUCAGGCCUACAAGGUGCAGUUUACUGACCUGACUUAGAAAGAAGGUAGCUUUCUGGCAUCACGGUGGAAGAGUGGUAGCUUUUUCGUAAUUCCACUAAAGUGCCUAUUGAAACUUUUAUCAUUUAAGUGGUAAACUGUCUGCUGUGAUGGUGUUACAAAACUGAAUGGUAAAUCAGACACGAACUCUAAGACAAGAAGCAAUAGCAACAUGCUGACUUCUUUUAGAAAAAAAUGGAGAUCACUUCCUGGAGUAUCUAAUGACUAGAACUAUGGGGGAGGAGGGUGUUGUGUACAUUGUGUUUGGGGGUUAUGUUUGUUGUCUUUUUUUUUUAAAGAAAACAGUAUGUCAAGACAUCACAUUUCCUCUUCCAAAGUUUCACUGAAAAUUUUAAUUUGAAAUGCUGUUGCUCACUCUGAAGAUGUAAAGCCCAAAUUAAAAAGGAAAAGAGCAUAUAUCAAUGAAUAUUUAAAAUGUUCAUACAAAUUAUGACAUUUUUCCAAAAUAAUAAAAAGAUGAAAGCAGCUAUUCCUUUAUGUGAAGGAAAUUUCCCUUGGCUCUCCCUCUUCUUUUGAAAUGAGACUAUUGUUACAAUGUAAAAGUGGAAAGGGUUUUUAAAAACUAUUAUUGUAUUUUUAGUACCAAGACACCUUUUCCCUUGUAAGUAUCACUAAAGAAGUACAUGUAAAGAACUCCACACCACUUUUCUUUGCAAUUAGAUUGUUACUGUGUAGGCAUCAUAUGCAUAUAUAUUAUAAAUAUAGUCAUUUUUCCAUUGAUCAUCUGCUACAGUUCAGCAUAUCACUGUAUUUCACUGCCACACCCACAGCAAACAUUUUAGAAAACCUUUUGAGGUUGGACACUUUAUUAAUUUUGAUCUUGACAAAAUUUAAACAGAGGCAGAAUAAAAAUAUAAACCAG